AUUUCCCUCUAAAUAUGUUACUUGAGUGAGAUUGCCUGCUUUGCUUCUAACACGUUUUAUAGGUAGGUAGGCUACUGUAUUACGGAAAAUGAUAGAAGUUCAGUGAACAUUCGCUACCUAUUUCUAAAAAUCUCAAUACCGGUAUCUUUUCUUCAAAAAAGCAAAUAGAAUGUUGGCUUCUAAUGAAGCAGGGGUGGUAUCAGUAGCGGUGCAAGUGGGCAAUAUCUCCACUCUUUUCAAAUUCGAUCACGGUGAGGCACUGCAAUCCAUUAUAGAAAGCAUAUGCAAAGAGGGAGGAUUGUCUUUUGUCAAGAACAGAUAUGCACUGCAAUUCAUCAGGAAACAAGGCGAUCCAUUUCUAGCGGCCAGAUUUGUAACUGAAGAGAAUCGCCACAACAUAAUCGACGGAACUGAGCUGAAGCUAGUGUACUCUGCUAAGGAGUUGGGCCGCAUGAUACUGGAUAAUUUGAAAACGAACGGCGACCUAGACUGGGCUCUGGAAAAGCUGUCUGGUCACAUUGCCGACCCUGUAUUUGCGUCAGUUGUUCAAGGCCCUUGUUAUAUACUAGUCAACCGACUCUUCAGUGAAGAGAGCCUCCCGCCUAAGCUCCUCUAUUACUGUUUGAAAUUCAUCCUCGGCUUGCUGAAGCUGAACUAUCUGAAAGAAAUUGAUGAAACUCUUGUGAAGCUGUUGGCGGACAUAUUAUGCAACCGGAAAAAUAUUGGGGUCAGUGUUAUAGAAAAAACGUUGUUGAUUUUGGAGUGUAUAGCUAAAACUCAGUACAAUCAGUUGAAGGAAUCUGUAGAUUUUGAGGAUCUCCUUUACUAUUUAAAAUCCUUCGAAUCAUCGAAUAUAAAGAGAAGUGCACUGGCACUAAUCAACGCACUUGCUGCCAACUGUCCAAUCCCUGAAGAGAAAAAAGACAUGCUGAUGAUAAUGAAUACGAAGAGAUUCAGGAGUACCAUCAACUCCUCGGUUCUCUUCACAGGUUACAUCCUUGGCAAUGACUUGAAAGAGCAGUUGGCCAUCUACCAAUCCUUGAUACUCAGUUUGAACAAAGAGUUAUUUGAAAAGGCUGAUAUAUCUCUCAACAAACUGCCUGAUCUGUUGCCUAUUAAAAGGUAUUCAACUUUGGAAAUUUCAGCAGCAAAAGGCACUGAUAAUGACGCGCGUCGUCGGUCUGCAGAGUCAUGCACGCAGACUAUUGACAGAGCCAACGUCAAAUGGAAAGACAAUGUCGAACUUCUCAACAAACGACUUGAUUUCCUCAAAGUGGUCAACAACGAUAUUUGGUCUCAGCCGGUCAACACAUCCCUCAGUAAACUCGUUUAUAACUGCUUAGUGUAUUUCCAUAAGAACUACAAUAGAGCGUACAGUUUCAUUCUACUUGCUGAAGGUAUUGACAAUUUUAUUAGAAUAAGCGACCGGGUGGCCAAUAUGAUAGCCAAAGAUAUUUUGAAUGUUGGAGAGCCACCAAAACCGAACAGUACGACAUUUUAUCUGUUAGUUUUCUCAACUUUCUUGGACGAUACUGUUGAAGAGCCAGCUUUGAUUGAGGAGUUGUUCUCACAAGCUAUGCUGCAUGGUGAACGAACAAAGAGAGAAAUGAAGGUCAAAACACUGGAUGACUAUGAAAAGGUAUUUAAAAUCACAAAACAGAAAUUGAUACUAGCGCUACGCCAAACGUUUCCGGAGUCGAGAACUUUUGAAGAACUCCAGCUCGCUCUGUCAGGAAUAUCCUAUUCUAAAGCAAGCGAAGGCAUUCUCAAAGAAACUGAAAGUAAAAGGAAUAGAUUCUAUAAGACAUCACCAGCCAUUUCCGAUUUGAAAGCCUCUCUACGAGGCAGUCUUAUCGAAUUAAUUAAGACUCAACGCAUGCAAUACAUCAAGGAGAGGACUCAAUUCUUAGAUCUGCAAGAGAAACAGUCCGGAAAGCAGAAAGAGAAAAACUAUUUGUAUGCUCAGCUCUCUCAGAGUGGUUACAAGAUACUCUACACAAAAGAUCCUGAAAUAAAUGAACCUGAUAAAAUGUCAUGUAUGUUCGUCAAGCAUAUCAAGUCUAUUGUGACUCAUGUAAAGAAAACUGUCAAUCAGAGCAGUCAAAAUGCCGAAGUUAUGUCCACAAUCACUCUCACACUUCUCCCAACAACAAACGACAUAAAACCAUUGAAUCUCAUCACCCAAAGCCAGGAAGUUGCAGAUUACUGGAAUGACGCUAUCAAUUGUCUGAAAGGAAACAAAAUGAAGAGCGAUUCUCUGAGAAGAGAGCUGAAAAUACUUUUGGAUAUGGAACUAGAAAUUCGUCUAUUGGAUUUGAAUUGCAUUGAAUUAUCCAUACCCAAUGAAGCCCCACCUUUGCCACCAUCUCCUCCCAACUAUGAUUUUCAUUUGCAAGCCGACGAUGAAAAUGAAAGCCACUGUUGAAACAAUAUAGUAAAAUAUAUAAAUAAGCUACAUUGUUGAAACAAUAAAAAAAAUAUGCAAUAAGCAAGUAUUGUAAUAAAACAAAAUGUUUUUAUCAAUUUAUGAUUCAUAAAAUAGAAUUAUUAUAGUACCCUUUGAAAUGAAUAAAAUAAUAUAUUCAGAAUACAAAUUAUAA